UGGGGAGGGGGUCACAUCGUCCAGACGCAGCCGAGGAGACGUCCCAAACAUUCAACCCAAAACUGUCGUCUGCCUCCACUUCAGCCCAAACUAACUCAGGCUUUUCAAACUGAAAUUUUACAAACUCUUUUGAAAUCUCCAGAGGACAUUUUGAGGGUCAGGAGGACGUUUUGACUUCUUUUCCAAACACCAGGACAGUGGUGGUGACAGUAAACUUUUAAACGUGUAGAUCAAAGCUGGAGAUGUGGAAGCAGACUGCAGUACACUGGAUGGUUCUGAGUUUUCUAGUCCAUUACGUCCAUGCUCAGAACAUAUCCACCACUACCAAUGUCACCACUGAGCUCAUCACAUCUACCAAACCUGCCACCAUAGUUCUUUCACCUGUCACCAUGGUAAUUACCCAGCACCCAACCAGCGCUGCUCGUGCCACUUUGAAAGAGAAUAUAAGUGUGCCCCCUAGCACCGCGGCUAACAUGAAGGAACCUACCAAGGUGUCUGGUAUCACCAUACUGACAACGCCCACUCCCACAACACAAAAGCCCUCUACUCCAUCUGCUAGUGAGGGCGCAGUACAGCCGCCAAGCAUCACCACUGUGUCAAAGCUACAGCAGCAGCCAGCAUCAACGACACCCAAGAGCGCUGAUCAGAGCACUCCUUCAAAGGUCAGGGCCACUACGCUGGACUCAAUUACUUCACUCAUCCCAGGUACCACCCCCAGACUGACCGAGGUCCAGACCACAGCACCCAAAGGCCAAACUCAGACACCCGAUACCAAAACACCCAUGACUACAGAGAAUCAGGCAACCAGGGUUACUCCCUCAGUUACCAACCUCCCUGUGGCUGCUUCUACAAAACAGGCAGGAAAGGACGACAAAGGAGCUGCAGGAACACCCACAGUGACCCAUAAACCCAGUCCAGACCAGGACCAGGGGUCCACACUGCCUCCUGGGACCUCCCCUCCUCAGACCUCCUCUAAAGCUCCCGCAGCAGUGACACAAGUUCCGAGUCUGAUUACCACCAAGUUCAGAGUUCAGACCAGAAUCCAGACCACCUCCUUCACCUUCACCACAGAGACCAUACCCUCUACAGAAGCAGCGCAGAAAAUAUUCUCUUUCUCGCUGAACAGUGGUCUUCAGCCUGGGGAGCAGAAGGAUUUGGUUACUGUAUGCAGACAGCUGAUGUCAAGUUAUGAGGAUGGAAAUUGCACCCUGACGUACCGCAAUGACAGCGGGAGGAUGCAGAUCGAUGCCGCAUGGAUGUCGGGCAAAGUGAAGCCUUCGAUCACCAGGCAGGCGUUUGACGACAUCUCAAAGAAGCCAACAAAUAGCCAGACUCUGAUUACCAUUCUGGCCUCAUGCGGCGCUCUGCUGCUCAUGAUCCUCAUCCUGGCUGUGUGCGCCUCCCACCACCGCAAGAGCUACAGUGAAAACCAGCGGCCCCUGACAGAUGAGCUGCAGGCGGUGGAGAACGGUUACCAUGACAACCCCACUCUGGAGGUGAUGGAGGCACAGGGGGCGGAGCCAGAGAAGAAGAUGGCGCUGAACCUGAACGGCGAGUUUAAUGACAGCUGGAUUGUUCCCAUGGACAACCUGCUGAAGGAAGAGGGGCCAGACGAGGAGGACACACACCUGUGAGGGAGUGGUGGGGUGACACAUAUGAUGUCAGUACACAGACAACGCCUGUGUCCGAAUGUCCAUACUAUUCCCUACAGAGGGCACUGUUUAGGGGUCACAACAUUUUUAGUACUGUCUGAAUGGAAUGAAAAACUGUACCUUGAAAAGUAUUGUCCAAAGUAGUGCCCCAUUAAAAGAGCAAUACUUUUCACAUCUCAGACAAAAAGCUGAAUUAACCAGUCUGUUUAUAUGAGAUCCAGUUUGACAUAAAUGUGUAUGAUUAUUAUUAGUCCAUAAAGACUUAGGUCAGUCCAAUCUGAUCAUUAUUUAUGACAAAAAUCAAGUUUUAUCAGGUUAGACUUAAGAUUUUUUUUCACCCUGACACCAGAGUCACAUGACCUGAAUGUAAUGAUCUGAGAGUGAAUCUCUGUGAAUGAGUCACUAUAGAGUCAGGGCUGUGGAGUGAAUGAGGGGUUAGGGGCUAGGGUGGACUUUCGGACACAGGUCACCGUCCAGGAGGGGUGACGUCAUGCGUGAGGGACUUGUGCUGCAAAAACUGAAAAGCUAUAAGAGUUUAAAUGUUAUAAACAGUUUUGUAUCAGUUUAGUUGAUUUGGUAUAGUGCUCAGCAGUGUCCACAAUUAAAUGUCCCAUUCACAUAAACUUUCUGAAUAAAAUGAGUUUUAAAGGUCUGAAAGCUCAGGCCUGAUCAGCUCUGUGUAUAAACCAUCGUUAAAAUAUUUCACUGAAUCUUUGGUUUUACAUGAGAUACGUUUAUGACUCAUACUUGAAUCUGAUUGGUCAAGGCAUCAAAACAUCAGAAUAUGCUAAAAAAUCUAACUUGAAUCCAAGUUAUCCAGUUUCGACGCCAGAUGCCUGUCCCUCCAAAAAAGCACAAAGCUCUUACCUCUUAGCAUCAAGACAGACUAUUUCUGAAAACAUACAAAAAGGCUGAAGUUUUUCUGUCAGCAUUGCCAUGUUUGUUGUGACUUGUUUGGGCGCUUGGCCUUAUUAUGUAUAUUGUAUACUUCAAGUGAUUUAAACUCUUGUAAGCUUUAAUUUUUGUGGUGCGACUGUGGAAUUAACAAAAUGGACUUUAAGCUUGUGCCUUAAAUAUAAACUUUUAUCUCUGAUCAGAGAAAGGGACUUCGCUAUUUUGGUAAAUGUAUAAAUUAUUCAUUAAAAUUUGAUUUUGCUUGUCCUAAAAACUCACAAAUCACUGUAUUAUUUCUGAACUUUUGGUUUCCCUCUGUAGAGCGCCCCCUGCAAUUCAGAGACGGUAAUGCCAGCUUGCCCUAAGUGUGUUUAUGGCACAUGUAUGAAGAUUUGAUAGUUUUUCAAAGCUCAGCUUUUUGGGCUGAUUUAAACUAGACACAGAAGGGUCUGAAUGUUUUAUACAGUAGAAACAACCAAAGCUUUACGCUCCUUUAAAGAAGAGGCAUUAUGCUAAAUCAGCUUUUUUUAAACUUUCUAUCAUGUUCUAACACUGUUCCCUCAUCAAAAACAUGCCUGAAGAGGUUUUAGAUGUCAUCCAUGCAUGUGUGAGUAAUCUAGCAAUAUCUAUCAGGCCAUAUUCAAAGCCUCCUUACAGUUAGCAAUACGAGCCGGCUCCGCCCACAAGCCUGCAUCACCCAUACUCUCUCACAACAAUUCUCCAUAAACAAAAACAGGAUACAAAACAAUGCCCUACAACUUCACAACCCUGAUGUGAUGUGCAGUAGUUUCAUUACUGGGAAACUUAGCACAAGGAGCAUAAUUAUUUUGUUGAUUAUAAACCACAAUAUUGAUCUAAAACAGAUCAUUUCAGAGAUUUUCAUUAUCAAGUUUUUAUUUUUGUGUGACUAUGUAAAUAAUAAACAAUCCCACUACAGAGUUGGGGCGGAGACAGAGGGUAGGUGAACUUUUGUGAGCACUCAAGCCUCAAAUGCAGGGCAAGACAGGACUCAAACAUGCAGGGAUCUAAAUACAGCUGUGAUCAUGAUGAGGGGGACACAUCUGAACAGGGUUAAAGCUGAAAAGCACAGUUUGCAGAAUAUAUCUGUUGGAGGAAGUGCACAGGACUUGAGUUUUUGUUAAAAGAGCAUUAUGCAACUUUUAUAGGGGAGGGUACACCACCUCCUUGUCUCCAUGGAGAUGUUAUCGCUUUACCUGGAAUGUUCCACAAUAUGGCAUUAAACCAAUCCAUCUCCAUGAAAGCAAACUGGUGACCAUCAGGCCAUGCCACAAGUCAGAUCUAUGCAAAGGAGAUCCCACUCCGAGAGUGCAUGUUGAACAGUCAAAACACUGAUUGUUAAAUAAAUGCAUAAAUGGAUAAGAAUAAAUGCAAGAUAGAUACAUCUAAUGCCGUAUUGUGGAUUAGUCUAGGCAAAGCAAAAAUAUAAAAAAUGAAAGCUCCUAUAUCACACAAAACUGACUCUUGUGAGGUUUAAGCCAUGUGAUAAUGCUGUUACCUCCUCAACAGACCUGGAGUUGUGUUUUGUUUCAUUCACACAUGUUUGAGUCACACUUUAUUAUUUGUCUACAUCUCCAAAGCUCAAAAUGCGACGUUCCACCUUGUGAUGUCCUGAAGUGGUAGUUUUCAAGUGAACAGGUCCUUUUCCUUUUAGUUCAGAAGAGACUGACAAUUCCAGAACUGAAAUUAUCCAAAUAAUUGUAGUGAAGGUGUAUGGUGUUUAAAAACAGUGCAGUACUCCCUGUAUUACCACAUGAUGACAUCACAAGGUGGAACAGAGUGUCUUCUGUUUGAGAGAACAACUCAAUCUAAAUCUGCAGAGUUUGUGUGUUAAACAUGUGUGAAUGAAACAAAACACAACUCCAGGUCUGUUUACGAUGAGGAAACAACAUUAGAACAAGAGAGAGAUAAUAGAGAAUAGUCUGAUAAGGGAAACCCUGGAGGAAAGCAGUUGAAAAUUUACAUAAUGCACCUUUAGAGGUCAGUGCUUUUCACAACCCUCCCUUUUCUUACUAACAUAUUUAUUCAAAAGAUAAACUGCUUUUGUGGUUUAAAACUGAAAACACUGGACAGCCUGGUGAUUCACUGAUUAGCUACAUUUCUGUGACCAAAGUGGGUGGAAUUCCAUACUUGCUAGGGCAGGAUUUGAACCUGCAACCCACUGGUCACUGGGCAAAUGAGUAAUGUAGUUCCACUGUUUAGAAGCUGAAGUUUGUUUGGUUUGUGCAGAGCUUCGAUGAGGGAAGCUAAGGACACAGCCAAUGAAAUGAUGUGUUUUUAUAAAUGUUACCUUAUCAUGAACACUGAUGAACGUUGUUUAUUUUUAUUUUUGAAGCUGAAAAUAUCAAGGACUCAGAAUCAAAGUGAAAAAGUGACAUAAUGGCUAAAACAAUAUUCAAAAUUUGAGGCAACUUGUAUAAAAACAAAACGUUUCAGGGUGUGUUUUUUUUUUUAUAAAUAUGAAAAUUUUCAACUUUGUCACCAAAUCUAAUCAUUUCCAAUUUUGAUUUAAAAAAAUGUGUGUAAGUUAUUUGGAAAAGUAUUUCUAAAGCUAAAUUGAAUAUUGUUAUGCUGCUGUUUUUUGUUGUAAUAUAGAGUUCAUGGCUCUAAUCACUAAUUGAAAUGAUCAGGUUAAACAUCUGGGAAUUGACCUUUUGGAUAUUCAUGUAAUCAACAGGCUAAAGUGACUCUUGCUCCAUCUGGGAGGCCAUUCUAGAAUCUGAAAACCACCAAUAGAAGGUGAUGUCUGAAACAAAGUGAUUUGCUUUAAAUAAUUCUCUCAAAAUUAUUGUGAAAAUGUAAACUAUUUUGCAAUAAUUGUGUGCCAAAAUGUCAUUGUUUACUUUGACGCACAGCCCUGAAAUGUUCUCCUGCUCUCACUCACUUCUCCCUUUAUUCUAAACCACUGUUAUGUAUUUACUGUCACUACGAUCUGAGCACGUUCGUGUUUUUGUGAGAAUCACUUUGUGUUUUUUGUCCAAAUGUUGUUGCCGUAUGUGUGGUAUUUAUAAUGUUUGCUCCUCAGCGAACAGCAGGGGUCUGACACACUGGAAACUGUAAAGAUGUUUUAAUAUUUGCAAAUAAAUACAAUAAAAAGUUGUUUUUUUUC